GCAGGCAAGGGCUGCUGGGGAGUUGUGCAUUCGUGUUCUGAGCCGGGCAGCUGUGGGGACAGGAGUCGCACGCACUAGGCUCGGCAGCUGAAGGUGCAGCGGCGCAGCCGGAGUUCAGGGCUUUGUGGUGCAGGAGGGGCCAUGGCGCUGCGGGUCAGCAGGAACACCAGAGUCCACGCCGAGAACCAAGUGAAGAGCAAUGUGGCCGCCGUCAAGCGGGAAGCGGCUGCUGCCAAGCCCGGCCUCAGGCCGAGAACCGCCCUGGGCGACAUCGGUAACAAAGUGUGCAAGCAGCCGCCCAAAGCGCCUCCUAAAAAGGAAGCGAAACUGCCCGUCGCCGCCGUGAAGCCCCUGGCCAAGAAAACCACGAGAGCCGCGGAGAAGGUGAACGAGCCGGUUAAGGAGCAGAACCCAGUGCCGGAGCCUGCUAAGUUGGAAUCUCCAUCCCCAAGCCCAAUGGAGACCUCUGGAUGUGUGCCAGCAGAGGAGAUGUUGUGCCAGGCUUUUUCUGAUGUCUUGCUUGAAGUGAGAGAUGUAGAUGCAGAUGAUGGUGCUGACCCAAAUCUCUGCAGUGAAUAUGUAAAGGACAUCUAUAGCUAUCUGAGAGAUCUUGAGAAGCAACAAGCUGUCAGACCAAAAUACCUGGCAGGACAGGAAGUUACUGGAAAUAUGCGAGCUAUACUAAUUGACUGGCUUAUACAGGUUCAGAUGAAAUUCAGACUGCUUCCAGAGACUAUGUACAUGACUGCUGCUAUCAUUGAUCGCUUCUUGCAGGAAAACAGUGUGUCCAAGAACAUAUUGCAGCUGGUUGGUGUCACAGCCAUGUUUGUUGCUAGCAAGUAUGAAGAAAUGUACCCUCCUGAAAUUGGAGAUUUUGCUUUUGUAACAGACAACACUUACAGCAAGUACCAGAUCAAACAAAUGGAAACUAAGAUUCUAAAAGUUCUAGACUUUGCCUUGGGCCGCCCUCUGCCACUGCACUUUCUAAGGAGGGCAUCCAAGAUUGGAGAGGUGGACCUAGAACAGCACACUCUAGCCAAAUAUCUGAUGGAAUUAUCUCUGGUGGAUUAUGAAAUGGUACACUACCCUCCAUCCCAGAUUGCUGCAGCUGCUUUUUGCUUGGCUCUAAAGGUUCUUGGCAGUGGAGAGUGGACGCUAACUUUACAACACUACAUGUCUUACACUGAGACAGAGCUUCACCCUGUCAUGCAACAAAUGGCUAAGAAUGUGAUGCUAGUGAACCAGGGUCUUACAAAGCACAUGACAGUAAAGAACAAAUAUGCAAGCAGCAAACAUGCUAAGAUUAGCACUCUUCCACAGCUCAACUCUGCAGUCAUACAGGAUCUGGCUAAGACUCGGUCAAAAGUGUUAUAACUUUUUAUAUAACUAGCAGAAUUAGAUUAAAGUUGGCACCAUGUGCCAUUGUAUGUUUUUUGUGUGCAUGUGUGUAUAUAUAAUGGCUCUUAUUUUGUCCUUGAACUAAAUCUUUUUAAUAAAGCAUUUUUUGCUUCUUACCUCUAA